AUAAGAGCGGCUUCAGGAUAUUUGCAUCGCCGCAUCAGCAUUCUGGUUCGACGCUGGGGGCCCUCUGUUCGUCCCUGGGGAGACAAGAGAUAGAAAUGGAUUCAAUUUGCUGAGCGUAGAACAAGGUGCAUGUGUAAUGAAGGGGAACAUCCAACAUUUUAGGCCCUGGAAAAUAGUCCAAAAUAAGCGCUCAAGGAGCGGGGAAUUAAAGCGGGAGGCAGCAUGAUCGGCGGAUAAGAUGAAGAAAAAUGAGUGAUGGCGAUUGUUCGUCUGAAGGGUUCUAAGGCAAUGUUCAGUUCGGAUACCUAACUGCGCUCCUAUUUUCACUAGUGCUGCAAGUCACUUCAAGAUCUUGCAAUUGGAGAGUAACUUAGCCUGAGCUGGAACCUUGGAAAUAUUGGCAACCACUCAGAAAUGACAUGGCAUAUGCUGCGUACGUGCAUAUACUCCGCGAUCUUUCUUCAGCAGCAACCGGGGAACGGUUCACCAGCUUCUUCUCCUGAAGUCCUGGUACGAUCCUGGGACCUGGAAAGCAAUGAGCAGCCUUUGUGACUUGUCAUUUCUCGUAACCCCGACAGCUCCACCGCCCCGGCAGCCAGCCACAUUUGGCCUGCACAGUGGCAAGAGGUUCCUGUACAUCUACAUGGGUGGGCUGUAUAGACUGUAUGAGUAAAUGAUCUACUCUUCAAGCGAUGUACUCGGCUACUUGCCGCUCCAAUAUAUAUCUGCAGAACCGUCUCGUUGCCACACUGCGAGCGAAAUUAAGAUAUCAUUUGGAAUCAUAUCCGCGAGUUGGGCCUGAGGCCGACUAGGAGUCCCAAGCCGAAACACACGCGCUAACAACUUGUCGACGACACCUCGAGCAUAUUUGAGGCGCAAAGGUUAUUGGAAUUCGGUGCUCGCUGAUUCACGCCCUGACCUGACAUCAAAUUUGGCAUGCGGAUGGGCCCUGUCCGUUGGUGACUACUCGCAUAUUUAUGCCGCUAGAGUUGCUGCGGGACAAAGUAAUAGACCCAUUAAUAUUAUUAUUGUCUUCGCCCUCACCUCCGACCAUUUUGGCGCAUUUCCUGAACCACCAGACUAUUAGCCCGUUGGGGAGACGUUUGUGCAUCAUGAUGGGCAUCUCCCCUCGAGCCGCCGCUCGAGGCUUGCUGAUGGGACUAUUGAUUCGUUCUUACUUGUUAAUCCCAGUUUCUGCAGCACCAACCCUGGGCAAGAGGCCUAUCCUAUCCCCAGGCAUUGAUUUCUACGAAUCCCCAGCAUCGGUUUUUUCAGAUAACUUCGAGACAUGUUGUUUUUCCUCCUUCUCUUUGCGAAACGCCAUACUGUGUUUUCCCCUGAAUUGGUGUCUCCCUCCCACUAAAGCUCUUCUGUCGUCGCAGGUGUACUUUUUUUUUGCGUCAGAAAUAUACGUCGUGCUUCCCACGUCCCAUUUAAGCGCUGCCAAAUGGGGUGGGGAGGGAGGAGUAAAAGAAGGAUAGUCAUCCACGGAUAUGUGUGCGGCACCGCACCGUGCAUGUAUUAGACACCUCAUACUCAUAUGCACUGCAUUUGGAUGGCGCACAGCAGUGCCAACAGAUGAACCCUGGCGGACUGGGACCUCCCAGAAGAUCGUCCCACCCAAAAGGAAAAAAAAAAAAAAAAAAAAAGAAAGAAAAAGCAAAACGAGAUCAUCGGUCGAUUGAUCUAAGAUCGAUUUCAUCCCAUUAUUAUUCUUACUUUCAGCCAUUUCAGGGUUCCAGAACACCAGUGGUACGACCCUGGUCUAAGCAAAUGGAUACCUGUUUUAAUCUUUAAUUCUUGUGAGGAUUUGGUCGGAACCUGCUGACUUCAUGAUCACUUCCCUUCCUGACGUCCGGCUACUGGUCGCUGCUGUUGCCAAACUUCUCUGGAGGGUGGAUUUGAGGGGUUUGAAGCUUUUAUAUCCGUCAAAUCACAGACCGGGAAACUCUAACAAUCAGGGCAAGCCCCGACUCAGUCGAUUUACUUCCGUAUCUGCUAAGGUCUCUUGGCCGAUAACAGCAGUUCUUUGUCUUGGUUCUAACCUAAGGAAAAAGCAAAGAAACAGGCGAGCAUCAGCCAUAUCACCCACACUCUGGUCAAGGCUCAAAAUAGACUGACAGAUUCCAAUCUCGCUCGGGAGGACUAGCUUUUCAAAGUUGAUCAAGAUGGUUUUGUCAAAGUGCCUCUUUCAGCACCGCCUGGAAACUUGUGGAUAGGCGUGUUUUCUCUUUUUCUUUUCUUUUUAUUCUGAUGUUCAGCGAGAACUCCUUCCCCUUUGGCUCUUGCAUAACCAAUGACAGGCCACAUACUUGCCAGUGGUAUGGGCACUCCUCAUUCGUCCUCCCCUCCGUUCCUGUCAGGCAUCGGGAACUGGUAACGCUGCAAAAAGCCUCCGCACGUAAUGGAAUUGUGAGGAUUAUGUCAAUGUGGCUGCAAAAACGGAUUCCCCCGAAUGAUAUGUGUUUGUGCAUCCAUCACGGGAACUAGAGUUGGAGAGGGUUGCCUUAUUUUUCGAAUAAUAUUUAGCUGCCUUUCAUUUGACGAUAAACGCACUGUGGCUGCUGCCAACCAUCCCGCCAUUCCCACCGAAUAGCCUUAUUUUGUAGUGGGUAUUGAAAUAUCCUGAUCUUGAAAGGGUUGGCUACCUGCAAUCCGCAAAAACACCGAAGACAGAACCCCUCCUUAGAAAGGAUCAUCUUUCGAGAGUACCGAUCUUUGAGCCCUUUUUUAUACAUUCCCCAGCCUUGGCCACAGUGUAUCUCCCGUCAUACGAUUUUCUUUUAUGUGUUGCAUUGCCCUUCUCUUGAUUCUACUCUCUCCGCCUGGGACUCUCCUAUUGCGCUGCUAGCUCCGACCUGCUCUGCUUGUUCAUGAAAGCGUCUUAACCUCCCCGCCCCAGUUCUUCCCUCUGGAGUCACGGAUGGAAGGGCGCCAGCGUCGGAAACCGCAACACAUAUACUUAAGACCGUCCGAUAUUACUAUUUCGGAGCAAAUAUCGUGCAUUUUCUUUGCGACCGACCGCUUGGAACUUCAUUCAUUGGGCUUGUUCUCGGGCCCAACAACUAGCAAACCGCCACCCACAGAGGUAAGCUCUAAACCAAACGCCCGCGAAUGGGCUUUCCUUACUGCAUUCGGAGUCUCUUGAUCUAAAAUAAUUCAUCCUUGAUCGUUUUAGAAAAGUAUUUAGUAUAUAUAUGCGAUCAGAUUUGGGAUUCUUAGCUUCCGAAGGAUAAUCAUGCCGAUUUCACCAAGGCAACGAGAUGGCCGGAGGAAUUCUCGGUCAACGGAUGAAGAAUAUGUCGUAUUUCUCCAAGGUAUUCCGCCUCAAUGUCGAUGGCAGGAACUGAAAGAUCUUGUUCGCCAAACUGCUUUGCAUAUACGGCAGGCUGUAGUUUACGAUGAUAGCCACGGCCAUCCAACUGGGCUUGGUCAAAUAAUAGUUAAAAAUGAAGACGAAGCGUGGCGCACUUAUAACAGGCUGUCAACGAACGGAUGGAAUGGUAAUAGUUUGACUGUAACGCUUUCGCUCGCAAGUGCGCCGACCGAACCCAUUGCUGGCCCGACCAAGAGUCUACCAGUAAGCCGAAUACCAUAUGCUGGGGGUGGAUACUCGAGUCCUCCAAGAUGCGCACCGCUUGUCUCCUCCCCGACGAGCACUAUGCCCCCUGAGAACUUCCCGGCCCCCCAGCCUUACGCUACCUCAUUAGACUAUACACACUUCACCACUCCUGUAAACCUACACGCCCAGCAUCAGCAUCCCCUCGUCCCCCUUGUGACGGACCCGCUAGCCUACCACUUUCCAUUAAUUUACCCAAGCGAUGUUCAUUUCCCAAUGCAAACGACAAUUCUGGGUCAGCAAUUCGAACACUCACCAGCUACAAUCCACCGAUACUCCACAUCAUUGUGCAUCCAGCCCCUUUACGAACUUCAUAGUGCCAAUAUGCCUCGCCUAACUAACAACAAUAACAACAUUCGCAUGUUCCGCGAUGAUUCAGGUGUACAUUCAUGCAGCAUUUUCAUCCAAAAUCUUACUAUCGACACCACCUGUCAGAAUUUGAAGGACCAUCUCCGUACGGCUGGUAUCGUGGAGCGAUGCGAUGUUCGUGAAGAUCGUAAAGGGGGAGGUCGCUACCCAAGAGCCUAUGCAAUUGCUACUUUUCGAACCAAGGAAGAGGCGCGGAGAGCUGUCACCCUACUUGACAAUUCGUAUUUCAAAGGGUCCAGAAUUCGAAUUCGAUUUGACCGAGAUUGUGGAGGAAGCAGGAGUGGUAGUGGUAAUUGGGUCGAUAUCAAUGGCCAUGGUGCGGUAUUUACACCAUAUCGAAUUGCUAGAAACAAAAAUCUCAAUGAGAAUGGAAAUGGAAAUGGUGGAAGUAGGAUGGAAACUGGGACGGCCGUCGGCAACGGGAAUGGCGGGAAGGCGGUGACAGCAGCGCCAAUAUCGACAGAUCUGAAGUCACCCACGGACUCGACCGAUCUUUCUCCCAGAUCUAGUCAAGAUGGUUCCCCAAAGAGAAGCGAACCGCUGGUAGUCAAUGGGUCAAGGGUUGGAUUGAAAGCUGGACGAGCUAGCGGCGAGACGGUUGGCUCUGAAGGUAUGUCUUGCCUGCUUCUUAUGCUGCCUCCUUUCAAUCUAUUCCCCGGGAUUGAAUCCCAACCCUAUCCGUCACCCUCGAUUCUACAUCCGAAAAGUUAUUUAUCAUAUGCUAAUGCCCAUAUUUAAUCUAUCGUUGCACAUCCAGCUGACCUUUCCCGGAGAAUCCAGGAGAUUCGGCUGUAAAACGAGCCAGUUAAAUUUAUGAGAACAGGCGAUGAUCGACGUACCCACCACUGCUUUUGUCCUGUGAAGGACAUCAUCGAUGAGAAAUACACGAACUCCCUGAGAGAGAUCAUUCACUCGCUUGCAUACGGUUUUAGCAAAACCAUCUAUUUCUGAAAGAAGGGGGAACACGGGUUGAGGGUGAUUCAAUCAGCGCAGACAGGGGAGCAGGUCAGUUGGGAUGCGAGGAGAAGGUAAUCAACUGAUCGCGGAAUAUGGCAAAAUUCUAAUCUACAUUAUGAACACGAUAUGCCCUAGGAUGAGAUCUACUUGGACGAUCUUUCACUCUUAUUCAUUUAUCUUCCAUUUAAUGAACUCGCUUCGUCUCUAGGAUGGAAUAUAGGGGUUUAUUACUUUUUUUGCUUUCUUUUCUUCUUUUCCCAUCUUCACUUAUCAUCUUCUGCUUUUAUGAUUCAUCUAUUCCCCCAUUUUUUUUCAGUUCUGCAAUUCUAUUAUUUGUUCUAUUCUCUGAUAUCAUUUUCCCCUCAGUUUACAUCUAAGGAUAACAAGCACAAACCCUGAAUUUGCCAACCUGCCAUAGUCAGCCAUAGCAGCGCAAGCCAUUCAAAAUACCCCAACGCCCAUUUCAGAAACCAUUUAACCCUCCGUUGUUGUGUUUAGUAGCAUAAUUUAUACAUUUAACUUAGGCAGUAGAAUUAUCCACAAACCGACUUCCUGCUUCAUCCUCAAUUAUACUUCAGCCCCUUUCUCAUCAUGUUAGAAAAGAAUAGAACUGCGGUA